GCCCCUCUUUUGUUGCCUGCUUAAACCGCAUGUGAUUUGGGCUGAAUGGCAAGUUCAUUAUUACUCAGCGUCGCGCUGCUGACUAUAUAGAUGUGUGUACACACAAACCGGGGCCCGGUGCCCCCAUUUCCCGCCACUGCAGUGUGUAAUCAUUAACCGGCUGAACCGCGCACCUCGUGCACACUGCGUUUUGUUUUCAAGCAGCGGCAGCGCUGCAGUACUAUACGCGGUCAUUCAUUCGUCAGGUCGCGAGCACAAGCGGAGGUACUGGCAAUACGGAUGUGUACGUGGCUGUACCGUUACAUGCACAUGAACUGUACACGUACAUGGUGUGGAACCAUUCCAACUCCAAGUACAUUGUUGCUACACUAUCGUCUGCGGUGUAAUACCCACCUACAGCCUCUGUCUGUGUAGCAAUUUUACGUUGGAAGCCAAGUAAUUGCUGAAGAGAACUACGCAUAAACCAAACUGCUUAUAUUUCCCAUCGACAGGUACAGGCCUAUGACAGCCUACACGUAAGUGAUUGGAGUGACCCGCACACUGCGAAGUACUGUACGUGGGAGUACACCGACUACCUAUACCGGAUGCCUCACUGCAACAUGUCAAGACAUCCUCACGCUGCUGCAACCGUUAACUGCAAGUGAGACUCCGUAAAUGUUGCCUGACUGGACAAGUGCUUCACGAUUCCAGUAAUAAGCAGUCCAAUCAUAGCCACUGCAUUACCCCGAGCCUCCAGUCCAUGUACCCCAAAGGAAAUCAGGGGGACAUUAUUCAACGAUCACCGACCAAACAGUGAGCAGGCACAGCAAGGCAUGCCGCCGGGCCUGGGCUAGCAUUAGCGUUCGUUUGGAGCAGCAUCCAAGACGGUUUUCUCUGCUACACACGCGGAUUAUGAUGCAGGUGUUGAGAACUGCGAUUAACAGUUAGUGCAAAUACUGUGACUUGUUGGCAAUAAAUGCCAAAAACACCACCAGCAUAGGCCUACGUGUACAUGUACAUGUACAUUCUGCUCCACAUACAUAAACCCUUACUCCAUAUUCAUACACCCAUAGUCACACACACAACACUGCAUCAACAGACAGAAAGCCCGCUAUGAUAUUGAACUAAACAUACAAGUAAAACUUGAGAAAAUCAGUCCGUGCUUGUUGUGUCAACCAUUUUGGAGUCGCAUGUGGAGAAGUUUCAUGCACAUGUACAGGAUUUAGCAGUGCAUUCGACAUGACGCAAACCAUGGACUCCGUUGCAGGCUGCGAUGUGGUUCAAAGCGAAAUCAGCAAGGAGAGCCGGUCGACCGGCAACAACAAUAACAACAACAACGUGGUGAGAUGCUGCGCCGGUUGCGGCUGCAAGAUCAUGGAUAGAUUUCUUCUGCACGCCGUGGACAGGUUUUGGCACACGGGCUGCCUGAAGUGCUCGUGUUGCAGCGUGCAACUCGGGGAGGUUGGCCCCUCUUGCUUCUCAAAAGGUGGCAUGAUCCUGUGCAAGAAAGACUACAUCAGGUUAUUUGGUGUAAGUGGAGCCUGCUCGGCCUGUGCCCAACAAAUCCCCGCCAGUGAGCUGGUCAUGCGGACGCACAACAAGGUCUACCACCUGAAAUGUUUCUCCUGCAGUUCGUGUCAUAUACAGCUGGUACCCGGCGAUCGGUAUACGCUGAUCAACGGCAGCCUGGUGUGUGAAAACGACCACAGCAAACUGUUCAAAGCGCACGGCAUGUCGUCGGCUGUGGCCGGGUUUAGGCCGGGCAAUAAGGUCUGUUGAGGAUGGCUUGAGCUUUGGAUAAUUUCGUGGGGGUACACAGCCACCAUCGGACUACGAUGCGACGCCACAGCACCAUGCCGCUCAUUCUGACAGACACUGAACUGGCCAUUUUUAGUAUGAACAACCUGUGUGUUGGACGUUGUACCCGUCGGUGUUUCAAACCAAGCCACCAUCUUAACUCAACUCGUCAUUUCAACCAGGAUCUCUCCCCAAGAUAUCAAAUGAGGGCGCUAUAAUAGGUUAAAUAAACUGCAAAGAGGGCACUGUAAGCAAGUCAUCAGAGCUGUCAAGCAAUACGGUGUACUUUGUGUAUAGGUUUCUACUCAUGUUUUGGCACUCGGUUUAACUUCCCCGUAAUUUAUCAAGCCUAGGAGUUGCAAUUUAUAUUUUAAUACGUACUGACGGAGUCAUUACUUUCCAUAGUGCACAUUUGAAUGUGCUGUAUAAUUUAGCUUUCUGUUGUCAUUAUCGUGACAAUAUUCUAGGGAAAAUCUAGGUUUCUUGUAUGCAUUUGAAGUCAGUCCUUUGAUAAUUCUUUGGCUGUUUGCUGGGCCGAAAUUGACACUUGACACAAGUCGAAGCUGUAGUAUUGGACACUGGAUUCCUGGACAUAAAUACGGGGUCAAAUUAUGGCUCAAGUCGAAAACAAAAAUGUAUCCGUCGCAAAAGGAUAAUUGAAUUUCCCCAUCCUAAACAAAAUACGUAAAAUGUAAAUUUGCAUUUUUGUGAAAGGAAAUUGCAUCAUGCAGUAUUUCCAAAACAUCCACCCACCGUACUGUCACGAUUAAUGGUACACCGUGCCUUUAGGUAAAAGUCUCUAUUUUAGUUUAACCGUGUGGUGGAUGUGAUAGCGCCCUCACUUGGUAAAAAGUACUGCCCAUGACGUGCACUUACAUGGAGCGAAUGCAUUUACUGUCACCGUUAGUGUUCAACGAGGUCGGCCUUAAUAAGAAUUGCCCAUAGAUGAUGCCUGAGCUAUGCUGCAACGAUUCCUGAUGGAAGACUGACUAUCGUGAUAUCAGCAAAACAAGAUUUUUUUUUUUUUUUAAAGGAACACACAGAUGUGUCCCAGGUACGGCACGGACUACAUGAAGUCACGGCAGUCAUGGUAUUGCCGUGGCAUUUACAAAUGAACCUUGGUAUGUACAAAAGUGUACUCUUGACUUCAAACGACCAUCGCAAGGAAACAGUAUGGCCAACGCUAGUGCAACAUUUCCCACGACGGUAGAUUUUGCUCUUACCUUGAUCGAAAUGGUGUCUGGACUUUGGAGAGAAAUCGAGAUGAAUGAUCCAUCAAUUUACAUUAAAUACCUUGAUUUUGCACGUGCUUGUGACGGUUGCGCUUCAACAUUAACCUCUGACCAGGAGCUUGGUAUCUGCUAUAUUCAGUGAGGUGACACAACACAAUGCUCGAACAACGCAUCUUCGAAAUAAAAGAUAAUUGUAAAUGCCUCGUCGUUUGAAAGGUUGAUUUACAGGUAUCCCGCUGCAUGGAAUUUGCAUGUAAUGUUUCGUAUUGUGUGAAUUAUUGUCGACCAUGUGGACUGUGUAUUUCAGCUGUCAAGAACAUCUCAUUGUUGUGUAUCGCAUGACGAGGCCUACCCUUGGCCGACAGUAUGACACCAUUUUGCAUACUUUGUCAAUCUGCGUAUAGGCGUCACUUCUGAAAUUUAGCAGGGUUGUAUUCGAGUCCAUCACAAGUCCUCACAAUUCGGUCAUUCUAUAAAAAGGGGGUCUGAAAGUGUGACAUGUUGGUGUCCCUGCUACACCUGACCCGUGUGUAAUUUGACAUGGAAAUAUCAUUGAAAUUGACUUCAAACUACUUUUUAUUAGUUUAGCAGGUACUUUGCAUUAAUUAAUCACUCUUGGGGGUAGAAGGCGUUAAAGAAUGUGUUCUGAAUUUACAAAAUCGUAUACCUUUUAAUUGCCAAUGCAACGACUCAGUGUGAUUAACCUUGAUUAACUUUGCCUCACUUUAUUGUUCAUAAGUGUUCUUGAAAAAAAAGUCUCAUGAAUGUUUUUACUGGUUUUUUUUCUUUCUAUUUUUAUACUACCGAAUGUUUUUGAUAACUUGGCACCUUUGAAAAACAGUGUUCCACGGAAAGCUUUCCCAAGGAUAAAUACGAACUUAGUAAAUCAGAUCAAUUUUACCCCAAAUGUAUAGAAUCCCAAGGCUAAAACAAAAUGCCCAGCUGAGAUUUGAAAAUGCCAAGCUAUUCCCAAGCUAUUCAAAUGAACUCCCAAGCUAUUCAAAUGAACUGUUAAAACAAAUAGUCUUUAUUUAAAGUUCCUGUUACUGGUACUUUUGAUUUACUUGUGACCGGUCUUGUUAUGGACUCGACUACAUCGAUUCAAACACUGAAAUCAGAUUAUUUAUUCUGUUUCUCAAACGUAAAGUUGACAUUGGCAUUAUACCUUCAUACAUGUUUUCCGAAUAAACUAGCAGCAACAAAACGGCAGAAACUUGCGUCAAACGCGUAAGUUGGAGGCAAAGUGCAUUCCGCAUUGAUGAUACCGAACAUAAUUUGGCAACAGUUCCAAUGUUCUAUCAACAUACUUGUGACAAUGUCCACGUUGUAAUCAUUGAUAUGAUAGUGUUACUUGGCCAGUGACCGAGGAGGACAUUGGACGAAGCUCUAAACUGUCAUGGAUAUAAUAUAUGUAUAUAAAGCAUGGAAUGAAAAGUACUUGAAUAAUUCUGGAUUGUAUUAUAGCACAUAGAUAUGUACAUAAUUCAUGAUAGGUUUAUAAAUAUAGCUAUUUACUGUACGUAUCUGUCAAAUUUGAUAAAAACAAAUCAGAGAUGAAAGCAGAAUUUGCUAAAUGCCGACUUUUGUAUCUGAGUCGACAUAGCUGAAAUACAAGUUUAUUGUUAAUGUAUAAUAUUGUGAGAUCAUAAAGUGAGACACAAUCUUGCGUCAGAUUGAGAUGCUCAAUACAUGAACAUUGGGGAAUAAUGACGAUAAAGCCACUUAACGGUAUAGUGGUGGGUUGACACUCUAAAACUACAGUUAGGCAUUUAUCUCACCACUUCACAUGGUAAACAUUGUAAAAAAAAAAAUAAUAAUAAACCUGGUACUUUGUUUAAUUGACAAAAGCUGAACAAAAAGAGCACAUGUGUAGGGCCUACCCAUGAUAAGAUUACCGUCUUAUAGGCAAUUUGCAUCGGAAGGUGUGUAUAUUAUCUUAACGUUUCAUGCAUGAUACAUGGUUCGUUAGGACGCAUGAUUUACACUUAAAAGUAAAGACUAUGGGUUCAAAAAUAUUUACGCUAAGGACGUUUUAUUUUACAAGCAAAACGUGGGCGCGUAAGUUUUGGUGGUAUGCAAUCCAAACUUAUAUUGCCCAUGUAUUCAACACCAAAGGGGGGUGUUCGGGUAGCUUUUGUGAUAUUACUAAUGACUCUUUAUAACCUUAGUUUCAACCAAGAAAAAUGGAACAAUGGCUAUUCAUGCAGUAAGCUUCGUUUAUGUAAUGAUACGGCUGGUUAAACACAUGUUUACAUGAUAGUUUUAUACUUUUGUUUUACUCUUAAAAUACAGCCUUUGUUCAUUUUAAUUUGUAUGUAUCAUUUUAUUUGUCUAAAGAUUAAGAGGAAAAUUAAAUAAAUAAAGUUAAGCUUGUCAUCUACGAUGGUAAAUUGUUAAUUCCCAUCCAAUGCUAUUGUUUUAUAACUACACCAAACUAUGUUAGCUUUUCCUGAUACCGACAUGUGAAGCCAUUCAUGUGACAAGCGAUUGUUGUACUUUGGUAUGAUCAUUUUUUUAAAAUUAUUUUUAAAUACAUUAAACAUCUGAAUAAUGUAAUUCUUGGGAGUGAAUAUAUUUAUUGAUCAGUUUUAACCACUUAAUGUCUUAUCACAUAAUAUGUGAUUAUCAAUAUUAUUGAGUUCUUUGCAAUACCGACAGUUUCGUCAAUCCAACGAAAUGAAAACCAAUUAGCUUCUUGAGAAGGCAUAAAAUGCUACCUUUUACUCUGUUUGUGUAAAACUUCUUUUCAGAAGUUGGAUUUCUUUUCUCCUUUUUUAUAUUAGGCUAUGUCUUACAAGACAGCUAGUCGAACGCACCGAACACAAUCUUAAUCUCAAUGAGAUAUCAGAUUACUACUUUCUGGCUUGUUUGCACAUGUGUUUUUGUAAUGAUUUAAUGGAAGUGACCGAAAGGACAGUGUCAAUGAACACUUCCCAAUGCCUGGAAUAUAAACUAGUAAAUACAUGUGUAUAAAUUUUCAUUAGAAGUUUAAGUAAAUACAACAAUGUAUGAAUAACACAAUGAAAUAAAGACACAUUGGAAUCCUAUAUUACAUU